GCCGUCGCGGGGCCUCGCCGCGGCCUCCAGCGCGCCAGCCCCGGGGAAUGCAGUGGCCCCCGGCCCCUGGCGCCUCUCCGUGUCUGGGCUGGGCCUCCUCGCUCACCUGCUCCGCGGCCACGACGCUCCUGAGCCGCGCCGGCCGGGCCCCCCUCAUGGCGGCCAAGUGGUUCAAGGAGUUCCCCCUGAACCUGAAGACCGUGUCGGAGCGGGCCAAGCCCGGCGGCGGUGCGGGCGGCAAACUGCGCAAGAACUCGGAGGCGGGCGGCGCGGGGCCGACCCCGGGCAAGGGCCGCAAGAACUCGGCGGCCGAGCCGGGGAGCGGCAGGGCCGGCGUCGGCGCCCCCAAGGACAGCCGGCUGUCCCGGGACAGCCUGCAGGGUCUGAUUCAGGCCGCCGCGGGCAAGGGCCGCAAGAACUCCCGGGCCACCGAGGACGAGCCCCACCGGGGCGCGGCCAAGAGCUCGGGCUGCAGCACCUACAUCAGCAGGCUCAUCAAGGUGGACACUCAGGAGAAGAACGGGAAGGGCAGCUACCCCGGCGGCGGCGGCAGCAGCGGCAGCAGCAGCAGCAGCAGCAGCAGCUCUUCCUCGGCGUCCUCUUCCCCUUCCUCCCUGGGCCCUGAACUGGACAAGGGCAAGAUGAUUAAGCAGCAAGACACGGUCAUCAUUUUAGAAGACUAUGCUGACCCUUAUGAUGCCAAACGGACAAAAGGCCAAAGGGAUGCAGAGAGAGUAGGAGAGAAUGACGGUUACAUGGAACCCUAUGAUGCUCAGCAAAUGAUAACAGAAAUUAGACGCCGGGGUUCCAAAGAUCCCCUGGUGAAGGCUCUUCAGCUGCUCGACAGCCCCUGUGAGCCUGGGGAGAACGGAAUGAAACCAGAGACGCUGCCCAAGAGACGCAGUUCCAAGGAUCUACUGGGGAAGCCUCCUCAGCUGUACGACACCCCCUACGAGCCCGCCGAGGGAGGCCCCAGGGCCGAGGGGAAGGUGCGGCCACCGGACAGCCACAGCCGGCUGCCCCAGGACGACGAGAGGCCUGCGGCCGAGUACGAGCAGCCCUGGGAGUGGAAGAAGGAGCAGAUCGUGCGGGCUCUGUCAGUUCAGUUUGAAGGCUCUGAGCGACCUUCCAUCAAGGAGGAGACGGUGAGGCAGCACCACCGACAGAAGAGCUGGACCCAGAAGAUCUUGAAGCCAGCCGUCUCUGACCACAGUGAGGGUGAAAGGGUGGACCCAGCCCUGCCGCUGGAGAAGCAGCCUUGGUAUCAUGGUGCCAUCACCCGCGCUGAGGCCGAGAGUCGACUACAGCCCUGCAAAGAAGCUGGUUACCUGGUUCGAAAUAGCGAGUCAGGGACCAGUAGGUACUCCAUUGCACUAAAGACUAGUCAAGGAUGUGUCCACAUCAUAGUGGCACAAACCAAAGACAACAAGUACACACUGAAUCAGACGAGCGCUGUCUUUGACAGCAUCCCCGAAGUGGUACACUAUUAUUCCAACGAGAAGUUGCCUUUCAAGGGGGCAGAACACAUGACCUUGCUCUACCCCGUGCACAGCAAGCUGCACUAAGGUUCAGCCACCAAAAGCCCCGGCCGGGCCUCUCACACCGAAGAGGGCGUCAAAACUCGACCAGCAUCUCAGGGGACAAGGCUGGACUGUGCCUUAAUAAUUGGUAGGAAGUGAGAGUCUUCAUUGAGAAGUCAAAAAGUCUUUGGCCUUGAAUCCAUUCCAUGACACCUGGUUACUGACCUGUCCAUUUUCUCUUUGCUAAGCAGUUCUACAAUAAGAAAUCAUAACUUACUUGUGGCCUCCACUCUCUGGAGUAGGGUGUUCUCUUUGGGGUGUGACCUUCAGGAAAGGUAAGUCAGGAGUUCAGGAACAUUCAGGUUCUCUGGAAAUGUGCUAGUUGUUACCUGGAAUACCUGGUCUCCAAACAAACCAACAAAAAAUCACUUGGCUUUUACAUAAGAUGACAAAAAAAGAUCAUGUGCACCAGAAGAGCAUAUAAUAUCAGACCCCUUCUUGGGGAAAUGGAAGACCAGUGGAAAAUAAGUGAAUAGUGGGGACCGUGAAGAAAGCUCUCUCUCCCUCUCUCGAGUGUCCUUGUUCAGCUCUAGCAUCCAUGAAAAUUCACAAAUUUAGGGUCUGGCAAAAGGAUUAUUUUGUUGGUCAGCCUUCUGAGAGAGUGUAUGUUUUCUCAAUCUCUGUGGACUUUUUCAUCAUUUUGCAGCAAAUCAGUAAUAUAAGCAUAAAUAGGAAGGAAAUGCCCCUGAUUUAAGAAUCACCAAUAUACUUAAGCAUUGGCAUCAUUAUUAUGAUUCUGAAUUACA